ACGGAGCCAAGAGGAGACCUAACCUUACCUAAUAAUAUGCAACUCAGAAAGCCAAUUUUAUGCGGGCACGGCUGCUAAAAAGGUUGAGAAGUAGAGUCAUCUCGUCGGCAUCGUUCCUCCGCUGCACCCCCAAUCAAUAUUAAAUACAACGAAAGAAAAUAGCAUAUGUUGAAUCCCAAUAAUUAUUCCUCUGCUACCUCAUGAUUUAUAGGAUUCCUCAAAACUAAAAGUUAUGGACCAGGAAUUUAAUUUCUAGGGUUUUGAGAAAGAAAACCCCAAACCAAACAGAUUAACACAAAAAUACAACCCAUGGAAAUCGAGUUCUCCAGCUCUUCCAAUCUAGUCGAUUUGGGGGCCAGCAAGAAUAAAGCAGAAGAAGAUAAGGAUCCUGUUCGCGUCAAGAGGAAGACCUUGAAGGCCGUGCUCGAGAAGUGCCAGAGAUCUCUCGAAUUGCUCAGUAACAACACUGAUGUUGUUGACGAAGAGGAUGACGAUAAUGAUAACGGCGGCGGUAAGCCGGCUGUUGAGGACGACGACGAUGACGAGCCCCGCCGAGAGUGUUCAGUGGCGUCGCCUUGUGAUCGGGAAGCCUAUGAGUUGUGCGACCUUCUCAAAUCUAGAGUUGAAUGCCCUGACUUCCUUGAAAAGCUAGAGUGUGCUCACGUGUCGGUUCCACAAAAUAUUUCUGGAGAAGAAGGUAGUUCUUGGGACAUGGUCAGUGAAAAUGAUCUAUGGGAAGAUGAAAAUGUUGAUUCUGAUCAAGAAGAUUAUGUUCUUGUUCGGCGAGAAGACAUAGUUGAGGGCAUUGCAUGCUUCAUGGCUGCCUACUUGCUGUCUCUUAAACAGACAAAGGACUUGUCCCCUAAUCGACUCCAGGAAGCCCUUAGCAAAACAUUCUCUGUAAAAAAGAAGAAAGGUAAGCUUCGGAAGGCAUGGGAUGGAAGCAAAGUCGUCUAUAAUGUAGCAUCCUGGGGGGCAACUGCCAUUGGGAUAUACCAAAAUCCAGUAAUUCUUAGGGCUGCCUCUAAAGCAUUCUGGACUUCAUGUCAUGUUAUAUCAAAGCUUCUCUGAUGUGCCUGUUGUUACUUGGAGAAUGCUCUGGUAUUGGGAUUCACUAUUGUAGUUGUGCUUGUGCUGCUAAUGUGGCUGGGUGUGUGCUUGUGCUGCUAAUGUGGCUGGGUGUUUCUCGCGUUGUAUUCUAUUCUUUCAUAUCAUGGCAUGCAGACAUGAUUUGUCAUUGUAAAUAUUCUUCUUAUUUCAAGUAUUUCUGGGUGAAAUUGAAAUUCAUUGGCAAAAUUUCAUUGUAAGGAUUAACUUGGAAUCUAGUUUGUAAGUUGCAUCUCCUCUAGACAA